CAUUGGCCGAUUUUAAGACGAGUUACUACAUACGCGCUUGUUACAUUUGCACUCGAAAUUGUAUUACAAUUUUUCACUUUCUUGUACGUAAAAAGCACCAUGGCCAACGAAACUGUCCAAAAACAACUGCAAGAGGAGCUAGAAAAGUUCAAGGCAUCAGAGAAAGAAUAUCAAAAUGUUGUUGGACUGAGAAAACAGCUUGAUGCUCAACUGAAUGAAAAUAAUAUGGUGAAAGAUGAACUUGAUCUCCUAGAAGGAGGGAGCAAGGUGUUCAAGAUGAUGGGUCCUGUCCUCGUACAGCAAGAUGUAGAAGAAGCCAAUGCCACUGUCAAGAAACGUAUGGAAUACAUCACAGCUGAAGUGAAAAGGUACGACACCCAAAUCAAGGACAUGGAUAAGAAGCAAGAAGCUCAUAGAGAGAAACUGGGUAAACUCCAACAAGAGUUCUCCAAAGCGCACGCGAAAGCAGCCGGAAAGACAUAAUGACGGUACAACGUAUAGCCGUACUGACUCUUUGUAUGAAACUCUUUUUGUUUAUGAUUGUGUGUUUUGGAGGCGUACUUUGCAAGCCGUGUCCUCUGCUUCCCUCAUGGUCCAUCAGCUGCACAGGAUUUAUUUACAUGGCUGACUGGCGAUGACCACCAAGUGACCACCAAAUAACCACCAAAUGACCACUGAAUAACUUUAGAGUGACCACUGGAUGACCACUGCUCCACCAUUUUCCCGUCUGUGCUCCUUGUAGUGGAAUUGGUCAACAUCGAACAAACUUGAGAAAGACUUUUCUUCCCUCCAUGUGUUAAUGUUGAUCCCUUCAUCACACAUACGUAGAGAACAUGAAAACCUGCAUUUUUAUUUUACAGAAUACUCCUGUACCCCAUGGCAAGCAUGAGCCUAAGUAAACAUUGAGUUUUUGUUUGACGUAAUAGUCGUAAUUAUUGGUACAUGAUUAGAAAGCUGAGGGUAUAUAACAUAGACUCUAGGAUUGGCCCAAACAGAUAUAAAUUGGGAGUCUUCUUUUGGAAAAACUACUUUUUUGUGUGUAUUUGAAUUGUCAUUUUUCUCCUCCUAAAUAACUUGGAAGUUUUUUUGCUGAUCAACAUUGUACAUGCAUUAGUCAUUUGAUUAUCACACAAAUUAGUCUGUUAAAACUUAACGAGUUGAUCGUUCAAAAAUUAUUCAUUCAUUUAUGACAGUGAUCUACCUGUUAAAUGAUGUAAAGACUUUGCAAUAAAUAUAGGCAUGUUCUUGUGAAA